UUCAUUUCUUGUCUUUAAGUAAAUUUUAAGACAUGGAGAUCAUUCAUAAUAUGUCAAAUGGAAAUAAUCCCUAUAACAAGACCACAGAAAGCGUAUUGACAUAUAUAAAUUUGACAAACAUUUAAUAAUACAUUGUUGACGUCAUGAACCUGAAUUAUAACAUGACUGUACACAGUAAUGGGAGUAACAACAUUAAUGGAACAGUACACAACAGAGAUAUUGAUUAUCAGGUUCUCAAAUGGAUAUCUCUGAUUAUUCUCGUGGGAAUAAUAGGCUUGAACAUAUUUGUUUUGGCGUUACUACUUUCAAGAAAUAACAAAUCUAGAAUGAAGUUCUUUGUUGCCAACUUAGCAUUUGCAGAUUUGUGUGUAGGUACAUUUUUUGUACUACCAGAAACUCUGUUUAAUUGGUUUGAAGUGCAAUGGAAUGCAUACGCGUGUUAUAUUCUUUACGUGUAUUUCUCAAUGGUUCCGUUUUAUGUGUCAACAUAUGCAAUUGUUGUGUUAUCUAUUGACCGUGCAUACGUUAUUGCGAAACCAUUGGCUGCUGCUUCUAAGGGAAACACUUACCGAUAUGGACUUGCAUUGUCAGCAUGGUGUUUAGGCUGUCUUCUGGCAAUUCCUUAUGGUGUCUUUGGUGUGUACACUAAAGAUAAUAAUAAAUGUGAACAAAUAUUUCCAAACAAACUGGUGAUAUUAUAUGCGGAUCUUUCCAGUAUUAUCAUAAUCCCAGUUUCAGUUAUCACAGUGUGUUACAUCAUAAUAAUCAUUACGAUACGACGUCGAGAAAAGAAUGGAUUUAUGCAACAAAAAGACAAGGAUUCACAUAAAGCCUGUCGUACCGAUGCUAGAGAUACAAGCAUAUCAAAGGCAAAGAUUAGGAGCAUUCAACUAUUGUUCGUUGUGGUGUUUGCAUACAUUACUUGUUGGGCUCCGGUUACUGUUGCCGGUAUUUUGUUACAUCAUGAAAUUGCAGAAAAAGGACUUUGGAAUCAGGUACUCUUCCUGCUUGCACCAUUAAACAGUCUUGCCAACCCAUUAGUGUUUCUCAUUUUCAAUAAGAAAAUGUUUCUUUCGAAAACGAAAAAAAACAAAGACAAAAGUAAUGAAUGGAAUGGCCUUAGAAUGAUUAACCAAUAACAGCAGAAAUGAAGCUAGUGUUUUGUUAUGUCCAGUAAACGACAAACAUGGAUCCUGGUUGUUUCCGGUAGCAACGUUAGUGCAUUUAUCUCAUUACAGUCAAAGUUUUGUUUAGAUUAGUUUGUGAAAAGUAAGACAGACACGUGUUUUAAAUAAGAAAACAAGGUGCAUUCCAGAGACGAAAUACAAAUGUAUUUGUGAUUAAAAUGUACAUUACUUGUGUUACAAACGGUUCAAACUAUAUGUAUUGAUUAAGUGAUCUCGAGAAUGUAAUCUUUUCCCACUUUGAUGAAAUUGAGAAUGGCAAUGGGGAAAGUGUCAAAGACACAACGACCCGGUCAACGAGCAGACAGCAGCCAUCAAUUGACAUACAAGGUGACACGUAGUGUCAACAAGUAAAUGGAUACUUGCGACAGUCAAAACAUAUCGAUUGAAAUUCACACAGCUUCAGAUAACAAAACAUA